UAGAAGAUGAAUCAAUACGUGUUUAUUUAGCUUUUGAUACAUAGCCCCGGACUGGGUUUAGCGGGUUGUGUAUAGUAAUUUCUCGACCCGGCCCCAAACUUUGCUUUUAGUAGGAUUGGUUUUGCUAUUCAAAAAGGGUUGCGGCGCAGUGACUCCACCAUGGAAUCAGGAGAUUGGAAGGAUGAUGAGCAACGCCAAAUGAUAGUGAACAAGAUCUUAAGUGAUGCGUGCCGACCUUGUGUAGAAUGGAUAUCUUUAAAAAGCAUCUCCCUUUCUCCGCAUAUGAGAGACUACAGGAACUUAAAAAAAUAGCAGAGAGGGUUGAAGAGGAGGUUUAUACUGCUGCCACAAGCCAGUCUGAAUAUUCACGGAAGAUAUGCUUGAAUAUGUUGAUUCUGGAUACUAGAUUACAACAUUCCUUAGAACCAUUAGAUUCGACAAAUCAAACGGAUGAUCUCAAUGGCGAAGAUUGGCAAGAGGAAGUUUAUCGAAAGAUAAAAGCUAUGAAGGAGUUAUAUCUACUAGAAUCGUCAACCGGAAAUCCACAUGGCGAAGAUUGGCAAGAGGAAGUGUAUCAAAAGAUAAAAGCUAUGAAGGACCUGUAUCUACUAGAUUUGAAUGCCGUGCACCAGAAAGUCAUUUCCAAAUUGCAGCAGCAUGUUUCUCUUCAGCUACCAGAAAACGAGCGAGUAGAGAAGCUGAAAGCGUUAAAAUAUAUGUUGGAGCGUUACAUGCAAUUCGUACAAAUUUCUAAGCGUGGAAUACGAGCUAAUCAUAAAGACAAGCUGGGUACCUAUGAGAGUCAGAUUAUUAUUAUCCUCAGUGCAGAUAGGAGGUUACGAGCAGCGACUCCUCAGCAGCAAACACGAGCACUUCCUUUACCAAGUACACAAUAUUUGCAGCAAUCUGAACCAACACAUUCUCUGACACUAGUUCAAUCAGGGGGUCCAAAUAUCGCUGCUACUCUCUCAGGGGGUUCAAAUGCUCAGCAGAACAUGAUGAAUUCCAUACAGCCCAUUUGAUCCGGGUCAGAAUAGUUGUAUGAACUCCUUACAGCAGGUCUCUAGUCGGUCUCUCGGCAACAAAUUACAGUGAGUGGAUCUCAACAAUUGAACUUUCAUAUUGUAUAGUCCUGUUAUCUUUGUUUGAAAUUAUGCCACCUAGGCAAUAAGUAUAGAUGUCCUGCUUUUACAUGUGUAUAUUUGAACUAAAACUUGUAUAAACGUUCAUAUUAUAUGAUGUAUUUGUUUUAAAGCUUA